AGGAAGUGUAGGAGCGGCGUCUCUGGUUACGGGGUCGGACAAAGGGUAAAGGGCAGCUUCCAGGUUGGAGAGCACCUCCUUUGAGCAAUGGCCGCGUCUGGGGAACCCGGGAGGCAGUGGCAGGAGGAGGUGGCGGCGGUGGUAGUGGUGGGCUCCUGCAUGACCGACCUAGUCAGUCUUACUCCUCGUUUGCCAAAAACUGGAGAAACCAUCCAUGGACACAAGUUUUUCAUUGGCUUUGGAGGGAAAGGUGCCAACCAGUGUGUGCAAGCUGCGAGGCUUGGAGCACGGGCAUCCAUGGUGUGCAAGGUUGGCAAAGGUUCUUUUGGCAAUGAUUACAUAGAAAACUUAAAACAGAAUGGUAUUUCUACAGAAUUUGCAUAUCAGACUGCAGAGGCUGCUACAGGAACUGCUUCUAUAAUUGUUAAUAAAGAAGGCCAGAAUAGCAUCGUUAUAGUGGCUGGAGCCAACUUACUGCUGAAUACCGAAGACCUGAGGAAAGCCGCCCAUGCCAUUAGAAGAGCCAAAGUCAUGAUCUGCCAGCUAGAAAUACCUCCAGCCACUUCUCUGGAGGCCCUAACAAUGGCUCACAGCAGUGGAGUGAAAACACUGUUCAAUCCAGCUCCUGCCACUGCGGACCUGGAUCCCCGGUUCUACGCCCUGUCAGAUGUGUUCUGCUGCAAUGAAAGUGAGACCGAGAUUCUAACUGGCCUUGCGGUCAGCAGCCCUGCAGAUGCUGGGACGGCUGCACUGGUGCUCCUGGAAAGGGGCUGCCAGGUUGUCAUCAUCACCUUAGGCGCUGAAGGAUGUGUGAUGCUGUCAAAGACAGAACCUGUUCCAAAGUACAUCCCGACAGAGAAAGUCAAGGCUGUGGAUACCACGGGCGCUGGUGACAGUUUUGUGGGAGCUUUGGCCUUCUACCUGGCUUACUACCCAAAUCUGUCCUUGGAAGAAAUGCUCAAGAGAUCCAAUUUCAUCGCAGCCGUCAGUGUCCAGACUGCAGGAACACAGUCAUCUUAUCCUUACAGAAAAGACCUGCCACUUGAUCUGUUUUGAUUGCUGUUAACUCCAAAAUAAAUAUACCUGGAAAUAAAAUGUGCUUGGGGGUGGCCGCUCUUAACUAGCAGCGUACUAUACAAUGUCCUCUUCUGCUUUGCAAAUAUUGUAUCCAUUUACUAAGUCACCUUCAGGCUGUCAUUUAUUUCUUUACAAUGAUCAUUUCUUUGCUUUUCAUGCAAGAGCUAACCAGAAUUAAGGACUCCAUGACCACGACCUGCACAAACAUUACCACUAUUCAAGAACCAGCAAACGCGAUUUCCAACAGAUCAUGAAUACUAUUGUAGGACUUGUAUUCAUCUUUUGUUACCGGUCUGUAUUAUUACAAUUUUAAUAGUUUUUUUCCUUCCUUACAAUGUGUGUACAUUUUUUUGGCACCUUCUGUAUAGGUGUAUGCCAUACAGAUAAGAGUCGGCGCAGAGAAUGUUAAACAAGAGAAGGGGACAUAUGAACUGGAUCACUCGAGCAGUUUCUACGAGGGGGCAGCUGAUAGUGAGCUCGGGCUUUCAUGCUGUCAAAGCUUCUGGUUUUGCAAGAGAAGCCAGAAGUUUUGGAUAUUUACUGAAAUCUUUCAAUGUUUAAGUAUCAGCAACUCAUUUUUUAAAAAUGUAAACACCACCUGCGGGCCACAUUUCAGCCCAUGUGCUGAACAGACAAGUCAUUUGUUCAGCCAGAUUUUACGUUAAGGAAAAAAAAAAAGGCAAUCCGUGCAUGUCACAGACCCUUUACAUUGGGCUUGGCUAGUCGGAUCAGGUGGAAGAUUUUUCUUGUAACCCAAGGUUAUUAUGUAUAAUUUCAAUCUAAAAAUAGCUAAGAUCUCACCUAUUAUUGCUUUGAACCAGAGCUUUAACAAAAGAUGCCAGAAAAUAGCUGAUUGACUCUAAUGCCACAAGCCUCUAAGACUCACCAACAGCCUACAUCUAGUUCCAUUUCCAGAGAGCUGCUCUCGCAUUUCCUCCGGAGACAUGGACUGGGCCACGGGGAGCGAACACCUGUUAAUUUGGAAUGGUAUUGGUUUCUUAAUGCUUGUGGUCAUGGUGAGCACUCUCGUUUUCUCACAUAAAUGCUUUAAAUGGGGGAGGAUAUGAACCAGCAGAGCUCAAAAAAAUGAACCGAUCCUUCUUACCUUCAGCAGAAAUCUGACAAGUGAGAAAACCGGGCAAUUUUGAAAAUGUGUGGGAAACAAUAGCUUGAGUGAGAAAGUGUAUAGACCUGGGUAAGGCAGAAGUCCUUACCUGAACAUCAGGGAUCAUCAGUGGCAUUUCCAGCUGCAUGGUAACUCCAUGCCGCAGAGUCCUAGCUAUAGCUUUAUGGAAAUAGCAUUAUAGUGCCACUUAUUUUAAAAAAAAAAAUCUAGGAGAUAAAGGAGUCCAAAGCUGUCCUAGAAAACCCUAGAUACUGCUUUCAUGACCCGAGUUUGAGAAUAUGGACCGAUGGCAUUUUCUCUUAUAAGCACAAAUCAAAAACAGAAGUUCUCGUGGCUUCUUGUGUCACAAGGUGGGCUCCCUUUACUGCUGCUCACCUCUGCCAUCGGUUAUUACAUGACAGUUGUUUCAAGAUCACUCUGGAUGGGGUGUGACUCUGCCUUUUCUAUGAAGUACAAGGAGGAGCAGCCUGGAAACUCUUACACAAGUCUCAUUAUGGAAAA